AUGGCAAGCGCCGCCGAUGCCAUUGUUUUAUCUUCUUCACCGGAGCCUCCUGCGCAUACCCCUAAGAAUGCCGUGAAAGACCCCCGGACGCUUUACGACAUGUCGCCACUGGAUAAAGCGCCAUUACCGGUACCGUCCCUCUCAGAAGUUUUCCGUCCACCUUCGCGAUCUCGAUUUUUCCCAGAGCCCAGUGGAGCCGACAAACCAGCCAGAAAGAAGCGCCAACCGGUGAAAACCACCGAUACCACGGUUUCAGAUGCGACCAAAGCUCCCGCGAAACGGUCAAAGAAAGCUCCGAACGAACAGGAUCCGAUUCCAGCUACCUUGGGAGAGCUUGAGCUGGGAGCUCUGGAUUCAAGAGAUAAUACCGAGCAAAAGGCACAACCCUCGAAAACUUCAACAAAGGCGCCAAAAAAGGUACCGACGAAGGCAGCACUGAAAAAGAGCGCGUCGAAGACCAGCAAGGCGACGAAGGAUCCGGGGAUCAGGAAAUUAACCGGCAAGGUCACCAAGGCGAGGAGUGAACCCCAAACAAAGAAUGCGAGCAAAGUCAGCAAAAAAACAGAAUUUUUACAAGAACCGGCGACCGAAAAUAUCCAAGUGGAACAAAUCGCACCUUUGGGACAAAGCCAAGAUUUGCAUUUGGACGAGGCAGUGACUAGACGACGUGAUUGGACUCCGCCAAGGGAGUCCGGUCUAGAAGAUGACAUCGCGGUUGAAAAGGAGCCGAAAAGAGACGAAAAAGCCGGGUUCGGCAAACUAAUGGUCGAUUAUAAUUAUUCUGGUUCAGCUUCAAAUUCUCGCGAAGUUUCUCUGAAUCCCGAUGGCGAAGGUCCUACCAAACGCAGGCGAAUUGAGCUGGUGGAUCCUGCACUCCAUGCGAUUGUCUGCGGCAAAUCAGACCAUAGCGAUUCAUCUUCGAGUGCACCGACGAAAAAGAAACCAAAGACCCAGAAAAGAUUUACCACAUUAACGGCCCGAAUGACCGCCCAAUAUGCCGCCAAUGAGUCAGUGGAUGAUAGCUCCACUGAGGAGGUUGUUCCAGAUAUCAGCAAAGCAAAAUCCCGACGAAAGGUGAAGCCAGCGAACGAAGAACCCAUUUUCACGGUCCUUUCGCCCGAAGCGGCUGUAAAGGCUUUGAACGAGCAAGAUCUCAUCUUUGGCACCUGUAGCCAGCUAGAAAGGGAGGAAUCUCCGCAAACCCUGAGAGAUAUACAGCAAGCUAUCCGCGCAUCUGAGAGCAUUUCCACGCCCAUGAGCGCGGGCUGUGAGACACCCACUCGCUUGGCAGCUCGUCUGACAGGCAAGAAAAAUCUCUGGGGAGUUGCGGCUCGAGAUAUCAAUGGAUCUUUGGUUCAGGCAGCGGAAUCAGACGUUGACCUAACAGAUACCUCUCGAGCAUCCAAAAGGAAGCAAAACGCCUCUACUAGUGUAUUUUCUGCUUUUGAUGAUGAUGAUGAUGAUUGGUUUGAUCUUGACUAUGGAAGACGUGCUCCUCCAAAAAGCACAACAACUUUACAGGAGAAGUUGUCUGAGCCUGUUGUUGAUACUCAGCUUCUACCUGCUUCAAAGGUUUCUGCUGCGAAGGUCUCUGCGCCUGUUGUUGAAACCCCAGUAGUAGCAGUUGAAAACAGUCAACAAGCUGACGUCCAAAGGCCUUCUAUGCCACAUUACAAUGGCUUCACAGACGCCGAACUCUCAAAACAGGUUGCCGUGUAUGGUUUUAAGUCGAUCAGAGGUCGGAAGAAGAUGAUCGACUUGCUACAACAAUGCUGGGAAUCUAAGCAUGGUACUUCGGAUAAACCGAUGGAAGCUUCAUCUCAAGCUCAAACUGCUGUUUUAAAAACAACGGUGCAAAGCGUUAAGCCAAAACCAAAACCAAAACCCAAAGCACAGUCUAAGCCCACCACUUCAUCUAUAUCAGUCUCAACUAGUAAAUCCACCCAAUCAAAGCCUCCUGCUUUGGCAAGUCCGAAGCAGGCCGCGCGGGCAAGAGGUGCUCCUCGGUCUUCUUAUAUGGACGUGGAAGAAAUUGAGGACUCUGAAGAAGAGUUGUUCCCAUCUCCUGUCCGAGAUGAGCGGCCCUAUACGAAGAAAUUAUCGACCAAACUAUCUCAGGAUCAUACCUUGGAUAUUGUGACCGAAGUAGCACCCAAGAUUCCAUCGAAACGAAAAACGACAACCAAAACAUCGCGCUCUAAAACCGCAACAUCGUCCACAUCAGCACUCAAGCCCGACAAAGCACGAACUUCCUCUCGAAGCAGCUUGCCCCAUAUUUCUGCUCAAAUCACCAAGGCCGUGCGCUCACAGUCAAAGCUCUCGCCACUGUCAUCUUUAACUGGGAGUCGAAGUUGUCCAACAUGGCACGAGAAGAUCAUGAUGUACGAUCCAAUCAUACUAGAAGAUCUGACCACAUGGCUUAACGUUGAGGGACUUGGUCUCAUUGAGGAAGAUCGAGAGGUUGGCUCCUUGGAUUACAUAUACCCAACGCACUUGACAGGAAUCGGCUGGUACAUAAAUGACUGGUACAUGGCUGGUCGUAUCGACAACACGUCCAAUCUUAAUCUCUCCCCCUAA